AUGACGUCACGAGACGCCGGGGAGUGGAGCAAGCUCGACAAGACCGCCUUUGAUGACGUCACUCGCCAGCCAGCCAUGAACCAGGCUUUCUGGAAAACCUACAAGUCCAAAGUGCUACAGACCCUGAGUGGGGAAUCUGAGGAGGACCUGGCAGAGGAGAGGGAGACCCCAGUGUUGGUGGAGUCUGAGACGGCAGAACCAGCUGAAGAGGCCUUCAAUCCCAUGGCACAGCUGGCCCGCAGGGUUCAGGGGGUUGGGGUAAAAGGUUGGCUGACGAUGUCAUCUCUGUUUAACAAAGAAGACGAGGACAAGCUGCUGCCACCGGAGCCCUGUUCAGACCACCCCCUGGCGGCGCGGCCCCCCUCGCAAGCAGCGGCGGAGGCGGAGCCGCGCGGACCCGGCUUCUGGGACGCGUUAGCCAGCAGGUGGCAGCAGCAGCAGGCGGCAGCGGCGUCCAUGCUGCGUGGCGCAGAGCCCACCCCGGAGCCGGACCCCGAAGCCGGGGAUGAGGCCGCGGAGGAGGCAGACGAGCGCCCGGAGCCACGGGAGGCCGACCCUGCGGCCGGCUUCAAGUGGGGCUUCCUCACCCACAAACUGGCCGAGAUGAGGGUGAAGGCUGCCCCCAAGGGCGACUAG